UCCCGCUCCCAUGCCCGAGCCCUCCCUCCAGCCUUGCGGGACUCGUCCGGGCGGUUCACGGGAGGACAUGGAGCUUUCUGCCAAUGAACUCAGUAUUUAUGAUAAACUCUCAGAGACCAUUGACUUAGUGAGACAGACUGGCUAUCAGUGUGGUAUGCCUGAAAAAGCCAUAGAGAAAUUCAUCAGACAACUCCUGGAGAAAAAUGAACCCCAGCGGGGACCCCCACGAUAUCCUCUUUUGAUCGUUCUCUAUAAGGGCCUGAUUACCUUGGGGUUAGUUUUACUAACUGCAUAUUUUAUGAUCCAGCCAUAUACCCUUUCGCCACCGGAGACUACACUGACCAGAGCCCACGUGUGGGGCUCCCUCAUCAGUCAUAUCCGACUGCUGCCUUUGCCCAUCACCAAGAAGUAUAUGCUGGAGAAAUGUCAAGACUGGUGGAGCCUGGAUUGUAGACAGAAUGUUUCUCUGACUGCCAAUUGCUCUUGCUGUUGUUCCAUGAAAAAUCUUAGGGCAGCAGCUGACCUAGGACAGCUAUCAGAAAAUCUCCUGCAAUCACAGCCUCUUGUAAUCAAGACAGGACAGUAUCGGUCUUAUGAUGAAAUGAAGCAUUUUCGGUCUCUCUUUCCUGAUCUGGUAAAUUUUGUGAUACAUGAAGAUUCAGCUGAAGUCAGCAGCAGCCAUCCAGGGCAGGGUCUUCCAUUUCACUUUUUCCGGAAAAAACCUCUGAAUAAAAGUCAGAUUAUAGAGGAGAUUUUCCCCAUCUUCUCUUCAUUGUGGUCCCCAAACUCUGUUUCCUUGGAAAGCUGUUUUCUCAUCCACCACCCAAAACUUCAGGAUAAGACUUACAGGCUGCAGAGCACCUUUGUGGUUGGAAGUGGCCGGCUUACCUUGAAUGCUGCUCCUUCGUCAUUGUGCAGAGAACAUUGCCAGAUGCUGGUGGUGGAGCUGGAGGCUGGGGAUGUUGGCUAUGCGAACACGGAAUAUUGGACAACAAGUUUUAAUUCUAUGGGAUCAGAGCCUGCUGUUGUUUGUGAUGGAUCCGCCAGUUAAAAACACUUGAAAGAAGUCGGUUUCAGUAUGAGAAAACUGCACAAUCAAAGACAAGGAAGGAGAGUACAGAAGAGAUGAGGAUGAUGUAGCUGCAAUUUCCAGGGACGUGGUUUCCCUUAUUCUGCACAUCUGCAGUGAGGGAGGCUGUGCACUUUAAAAGGGCAUCUUUGCCAGACCUUCAAGAUAAUAUGGACCCUUCCUUCAAUGUAUCAGGAGUAACUGGAGGAGCUCAAGAUCUCUCUGUUUUUACAUAUUGUCCUUGAAAGUCAGUGGAAGGGUUUGGAGAUGGGAGAGGAUCUGUAACAUACUCUUUGUGAGCACCACUGUUCUGCACUUCAGAGGGAAUUCUUACUAAAUACUUCUUUCCAGACAUCCUGGAGAUGUAUUGUCCAGACUGCUUAUUAGUCUGUAUCUAGGUCACUUCUACAAAAGGAACAAGCUACUGAAAUGUAAUCUGAGGCCUGAGGACACCACUGCAGGAGUAAUCUGCGCUGAUCUGGUUCUGUGUUACAGCCUGGGCACAAAGACGUCAUCUGCAGCUGCAAUCUGCAGCUGCAACUUUUGCCAUGAUGUGAUAACCUUUCUGCAUUAUCAUAAUAUCCAAGCAUAAUUCUUUCCAGUAAAAAUUCACUACAUUUGCUCCCCUAACAACCCUCUGGUGUGACUUUAUGUAGUCAUCCCUUUCAGUGUGUGUGUGUGGUAAAGGUGGGGUUUGUAUAUUUGACAAGGGGGAAGCACUUUGCAAGUUUCUUUCCCAUCCCUCUUCACCAAUGAGUUGAAAUGCAUAUUCUUACUAAUUCCCUGGACUGGAUCAAUUUAAUGCCAAAUCUAAGAUUUUUCUAAAUGACUAAACAUUUGGCUGCUUGGUGCAAUUUGCUAUAGGGUUGGUUUUGUUUUAUUUUAUUUUUGCAGAAAGUGUUGGAAAUUAUUCUUAUGAAAAUUUUUGAGGACAUCCCAAAUCAAUCCACACUUUGGUCUGCUGCAGCUGUAUCCACCUAAGCCUAGGAAAUGAUGUUAAAAGAUUUCCAUGCGUAUUUUGCUUGAAUGCUCUUGUCCAUCUCUUGUUUAAAAAUGCUGAUGGGUGGAUACUCUAAUGACUGUAAUUAAAGGCAGGGUUGUAACAGGGAGUUGUUAAGGACUGGGCUAUGCCUGUGCUCUUCCCCUUCCCCUGUGUUUUGUUGUUUUCUUGAGUCUUAAUCCACGUUUUAGAAUGCAUGUUGAUUAUCCUUGAGCUUCUUCCAAGCUCCUCUGUCCAGUGCCUUUAGAGAGGAUCAGUUUCAAGCAUGUGCUGUCUACAGUUGUAGUGGUGCUUCCCAAGGGUGAAUUCUUUAGGCUCCUGCUGUAUUAAGAUAAUCUACAGAUGUGUCAGGUGGGCUGAAGUUAGAGCCCAGCAGU